UUUCUGGUGUUUUCGUCGGGUAGCAGCAGCCUGCUCAAAGCUCACAGAAGGCCUGCCCCUCAUCCCAGGCAGAGAGCAACCCGCCCUCUCCCCAGACACGGAGCCAGUGGGGCCACCUUCUCCAGGAGCCUCACACCUUGCCUUCUGCCAAUCAGGUUUGCAUCUGACCCACCAUGGUCCCCACCGAAGCCACAAGCCUCAUCCUGAACAUGUCUGAUGACUACAGCUACGACAUCAUGCCUUCCAUGGAUGACUACGGGAACUUCAGCUUUGCCAACCUCUUCUGUAAGAAAAACCACGUCAGGCAGUUUGCAAGUCACUUCCUUCCCCCCUUGUACUGGCUGGUGUUCCUCGUGGGUGCCUUGGGCAACAGUCUGGUCAUCCUCGUCUAUUGGUACUGCACGAGGGUGAAGACCAUGACCGACAUGUUCCUCUUGAAUUUGGCGAUUGCUGACCUUCUCUUUCUCGUCACCCUUCCCUUCUGGGCCAUUGCUGCUGCCGACCAGUGGAAAUUCGAAACCUUCAUGUGCAAAGUGGUCAAUAGCAUGUACAAGAUGAACUUCUACAGCUGUGUGCUACUGAUCAUGUGCAUCAGUGUGGACCGGUACAUCGCCAUCGCCCAGGCCAUGAGAGCGCACACCUGGAGGCAGAAGAGGCUUCUGUACAGCAAAAUGGUUUGUUUCACUGUCUGGGUGAUGGCGGCUGCUCUCUGCAUCCCAGAACUCCUGUACAGCCAAGUCAAGAACGAACAUGACAUUGCCAUCUGUACCAUGGUCUACCCUAGUGACGAGAGUACCAAACUGAAGUCGGCUGUCUUGACCCUGAAGGUCAUCCUGGGGUUCUUCCUUCCCUUUGUGGUCAUGGCUUGCUGCUACACCAUCAUCAUUCACACUCUGAUACAAGCCAAGAAGUCGUCCAAGCACAGGGCCCUGAAGGUGACUAUCACUGUGCUUACUGUCUUUGUCUUAUCUCAGUUUCCCUACAACUGUGUUCUGCUGGUGCAGACCAUCGAUGCCUAUGCUGUGUUUAUCUCCAGCUGUGCCAUCUCCACCAAUGUGGACAUCUGCUUCCAGGUUACUCAAACCAUUGCCUUUUUCCACAGCUGCCUGAACCCUGUUCUCUACGUUUUUGUGGGUGAGAGAUUCCGCCGGGAUCUCGUAAAGACCCUGAAGAACUUGGGGUGCAUCAGCCAGGCUCAGUGGGUUUCAUUUAUGAGGAGAGAGGGGAGCCUGAAGCUGUCGUCUAUGUUGGUGGAGACAACCUCGGGAGCCCUCUCCUUCUGAAGGAACUUCUCUCUGAAGUGGAUGGCCCUUUUGGAAGUAACGAGACAUACAGAUACAGCAUGCUUACUAAUGGGACCAGAGGGAAACCAUAGAAGAAAAAGGAAUGAAG